AUGCGGCUGCACCACAACGGGCGGACCAGUACCGGAGCCAGUGCCAGCUCACUCCCCAUCAGUAGCACACUUCUGGACCCAGAGGACAGUCAGUAUGAGGCUGCUCACUCAAACACUGUGCCUUCUCCUGGCUGUGGCCCUCAGCUGUGCUGCCCCAACAACAACAAGGUCUUCAAGUACUACAACCACAGCCUGGAAGCAGGCUAUCCAAAAGAGAUCCAGGAUGUAUUUCCGGGAAUCCCUGACCACCUGGAUGCUGCUGUUGAGUGCCCCAAAAAGGAGUGCAAAGAAGAGACAAUCAUCUUCUUCAAGGGAGAUGACCUGUACUACUAUGGCAUGAGCAGCAAGACUGUGAAGCCAAAGAAGUGGCCUCUCCUCCCACACUGCACCUCUGCAUACCGCUGGCUGGAACGCUACUACUGUUUCCAUGGACACAACUUCACCAGGUUCCACCCUCUAACAGGAGAUGUGGAACCACAAUACCCCAAGGAUGCCCGCAAUUACUUCAUGAAGUGUGAGAACUUUGGCCACGGUGGGGAUUAUGUAGACUGCAACACCACUGCUCACCUGGAUGCCGUGACCUCAGAUGACAAAGGAAAGGCCUACGCUUUUAGAGGCAAACUGUAUUUACAUCUGGACUCCCAGCGGGAUGGCUGGCAUGCCUUCCCCAUCAGCAGCUACUGGAAAGAGGUGGACAGCAAUGUGGAUGCAGUCUUCUUCUAUGAUGGCAAGCUAUAUAUAAUCAAGUUCCUGUUGCUGUUACCUGUCCACUCCUCUGACCUGCCUGCUUCUCUGCCUGCUUCUCGCUUCUUCGCCCUGAUCCUGUUCUGCCCUACCUCCUCCGAGCCCUAUAUCUGUUCCUGA